UGAUGGAGUGACAGUGGCACACGGUCGCUGGGUUGGCGUAAACGCCUCCCGCGCGGAGGUCGCGAGAUAAAUUGGCUGCCUUCAGGUGGGUUUCUUAUUAAUAGUUAAAAUACCUUUUCCGGUGGUGGGAAAGCAAAAAGCACAUCGUGCAGCACCGUAAAAACUAAAUUCCUGUGGGAAAAUACUGGAGGCUUUGAGAAUGUUAUUAACGUUUUGUAACUUCAGUGGCAGGGGGAAUAUUUGUGUCUUCGCACAUUUGUUGUUGCAGGACACCUUAGUCAGAAAUUUGAGUCCUUUUUUAUGAAAAGAGAGCUUACUUUUAUUUCAGAGUAAUAACGAGCUGUAAUCUGGUCUAGAAAAGACAACAAGAAUGCGAGUGCCUUUUUCUCUCUUUGCAUUAAAGGACUGCAAAAAUAUCCCCAGUAUCAUAUUUUGUUUAUUAAAUUGGUACCAAUAAAGUGAUAGACUCCUUGCACAGAUGGGCCUGGUGCAGUUUUCUCAACCUCAUUAUGUCAGUACCGCAUGUUCUGAUCUCUGCUAUUUUGAUGUUGAGUCUUUUUAUUUUUUCCUGAGCAGGCCUGUGCCAGUAUGCAGCUUUUUGUGCUGCAUGUGAAUAAACUCAGAUGAAGAGGAGUUCAGUAAAUAAUUAUUUGGUUAAUGAGGUAAAAGCUCGUACUCUGAUCCGUGUGGUAUCCUAAUACCAGCAGUGUGUCUGUUAUAUGGCCACACUUCUUGCCCCACCCUGUAAUACAAAUACUGACAGUUUAUUAUUAACAAAAGUGAUUUACCUGUGAUAUGAAUACAUUAGUUUGGCAUGAACUUUAUGCCUGAGGGAAGAUUUUUCGGGCUAACUCACUAUUUCCACCUGGACCCUAGCCAAAAACAAUUCUGCUAGUUUGAACAAAAAGGUGUUACCAUGUGAGUAUGUUGUGCUGUGGAAGUGCCAGCGUGUCUCCACCUGAGUGAGGGCCAUAGGCAGGGAGCAGAGCUCAGCUUUUCAGCCUGGCAUUGGGAAGAAGAAGGCUCCUGUCACUAGAUUGAAGGUGUCUGUACAGUAUCAGUGUUCCCACGUUAUUGGUACUGGUCAUAGACAUUUUGUAAUUCUCUGCGGAGGUGGAAAACCAUUGGUUUUCAUUUUAUUCAAUAAUUAUAUUGGUGAGAUUUAGAAAGCAACAGUUAAUGAUGGCAGAUGACCAGAGCAGGUUGAGGCAUGGUUUUACAGAAUGUUAAUUUUACCUGAGCAUUUGCAUAAAGAUGUCAGCUGAAGGCCAGGGUAGAUGCAGAGGAGGCCAAAGUUAUGUGCUUCACAAGGUCAGCAAGAUUAUCACAGCCGGGAAAUUAUUUUCUUUUUUCCCUCAUUAUGUUUGCAGGAUAUUAUACUGAUCUUGCUAUACCCAAGCUUCUGACACUUGUGUGAGAUUUUACUGUUCAGAUCUUACCAGACCCAUUCAUUUUCUAAUCAGUUACUUAGCAAUCCAUGAUAGCCUUUGAGGGAACCAAACAGAGAAACACAAGUAAUGACAUCAAAUGCCUAAUACUGCAGUAAAGCAAGGAAGGUUUCUUGCACUGCAUGGAAAGAGUUGAUUGAUUUCCUGUAAAGAAUAAAUGUUGGGGGCAGUGUUUUCUUGACAGGGAAUGCCAUCCCCAUCAUGCAGAUACUUGUGUCAGCAUGUGUGUACCUGAGCUAUGGAGAAAGAGUUUCCAUUUGUGUUAGAAACAGUGUCUCCAAAGCUCUUACUCUCUGUAGUUAUAGAACUCUAGUUUGAAAUACAACUCACCUCACAUUAAUGUUUAAUUUCAGAAUGAAUUGCCCAUUCAGAAAUCAAAUCCAGGUACGUUCACGUAUUGUUGGAAUCUUGAGCUGCAAAUUCUGUACCAGUCUGCUGCUUUUUCCGUUAGAAUUUGAAAGGAGCUUGUGCCUGGGAAGCAGGAUUGCCUCCCGUUUCACCCACUCUGGUUCCACAUUCCUUUCUCACAGUGGAACAUGCGGGUCUAUUAACCUGCGUCUCAAUUCGACCCAGUGAGGACCAGUAUGUCAAACCCAUGCCCACCCUGAUUUCUCACCAGUGUUUUACAAAGGGGAAGUUUUGUCUGAUAGAGUCUCGUGCUUGCUAUGGAGAGAAAAACAGCGCACAAAAAUCGAUGGCUUAAUUAGCAUGAGAAGAACAGGUCAUCAGGAGCAGCAGACUUCAGACCAACAUAAGCUUAUUAGUAUUGUCCUGUCAGUUCGAUAUGUUAUAUAAGGCAGAAUUUUUUUCAGUGCCAGUUUUCAUUUCCUUUCUGCAGACUUUAAACACAGUUAGUUGUGAUCCGUUCCGGCUUUGUCCUAAACAGCCCAUCGGAAUGGGAAACAAUAAAGGCUACAGAGCAGAUGGUAAGGUGUAGUUCUCAAGAUCCUGCAGCCUUCUGAAGAACAGUAGCUGGAUGUUUUACUCCUCAGCUGUUACUGGGAUGUGAACAUCCAUUUCUGUGCGUCCGUCCACUCGUGGAAGAUCCGUGGGUGUCCUGACUCCAGGGGCUGUUCCCAGGGUGGUCACACCAUCUCUUUCUCCCUGCAUCUUCCACUGAAAGAUUCAGGCAGCUACAAAGUAAUGAGUUUUACAGGUUCUGACCUUUACCUUUGAUGCUCUGUGAAAUAUUUCAGUCUUCUCUACACAGGUGUAAAGCUUUUCCGGGGUGGGAGUAAGCACUUGUAACUUGUAGUGCCUGCAUACACACUCUUCUGUGUUUGUAAGAGAGAUUGAAAGAGCUCCAGGCUACAUGGGAGAUAGAGGAGAAAAAUAACAAAAAAAUUACAUUCUAAGUGUGGGACUUAGUGUGAUUCAAAUUUCUGGCAGCUGGUACUACUGGCUGUGGCAGCUGGGUAGUGGUUGGUAUUUCUUAUUUGUGAACAGUGGCCAGCCACUUCUUUUUGGAGGGCUACUAAGCUGUGGUUUAACAGAUUCUUAAGAACACAGCAUCUUAAGAAUUUGAAAUGUGUUAAUGCAUCUAAUAUCAGAAUCUUCUGCUUAGGACAGGCAACUUUCAGGACUCCUCCAUGGCUGUGAUCUGCACGUCUCUGCACCUUUUCCCAUCUUCCCUUUUUUUCCCCUUGCCGCCAUGGCAUGGCUUCAUUAGUGCUAGAAUAGAUCAUUCCUGUCAGCCUCCCGUUCAUCACCUCUGUGUGUUUUGCUCCUAGCUGCAGGUAACCUUUGGUAGAUGGCUUCUGUGUGUGGCCUAGGAGUAUUUUUAGCUCUAGGCUUUGCUUGUCUCAGACUGUGGCACACUGAUCCAUUGUUAGAGCGUGGCUUUCAUCUCCUCUCUGGGAGGGACCAGUUAUGACUGAUAGUUGCUUCUUUGCCUUUUCAAACAUCACUCCUUUCCUUGUAUCUUUUUUCCUUCUGGCAAACACUUCCCUCUUUUGGAGCUCAAGCCAGCAUAGCUCUGCAAAGCUCUCUCCAAGCUUCUAACAAGGAGAGCCAUGGAUAAAAGCGAGUUGGUACAGAAAGCCAAGCUGGCCGAGCAGGCCGAGCGUUAUGAUGACAUGGCUGCUGCUAUGAAGGCUGUCACUGAGCAGGGACAUGAACUGUCCAACGAAGAAAGGAACCUCCUCUCCGUGGCCUACAAGAACGUGGUCGGUGCCCGUCGCUCGUCCUGGCGUGUGAUUUCCAGCAUCGAACAGAAAACAGAGAGGAACGAGAAGAAACAGCAGAUGGGAAGAGAAUAUCGUGAGAAAAUCGAGGCUGAAUUGCAGGAUAUCUGCAAUGAUGUUCUGGAACUCCUGGAUAAAUACCUUAUUGUCAACGCCACACAGCCAGAAAGCAAGGUCUUCUAUUUGAAAAUGAAAGGUGAUUACUACAGAUACCUCUCAGAGGUGGCAUCUGGGGACAAUAAGCAAACAACGGUAGCAAACUCUCAGCAAGCUUACCAGGAGGCAUUUGAGAUUAGCAAGAAAGAGAUGCAGCCAACACACCCCAUUCGACUCGGUUUGGCUUUAAAUUUCUCUGUGUUCUACUAUGAGAUACUAAAUUCUCCUGAAAAGGCCUGUAAUCUGGCAAAGACGGCGUUCGAUGAAGCGAUAGCAGAGCUGGACACGCUGAAUGAAGAGUCUUACAAAGACAGCACUCUGAUCAUGCAGCUGCUUAGGGACAACCUCACUCUAUGGACGUCGGAAAACCAGGGAGACGAAGGGGACGCUGGGGAGGGAGAGAACUAAUGGCUGUCACGCUUCACUAUGUGUUCAAUGUCACCCCGUACCCUACACAUAAUCCCUUUGUGCGACAAGCAAAAAGAAUAGUACAUCGACUGUCACAACCUCAACGUAGCAAAAACUGUCUGUGGGGUAAAACCGGUUGGUUGGUGUUGUGUGUACCUAGAGCGGAGGUCGGUUAUUCCAAUGGCAUUCCGAACUUUCCUAUGAUGAACAUUUCCAGUUCCGAUUACCGUGUUUAUAUUUUUAACUGAACACUGUGAUAACGGGUUUUGUGAUCGCAAUUGACUUUGCAAAACUCUUUAUUGGUAGAGAAGUAGACAUCAAUUAUGUAACUCUGGCGAGCUUAAUCUGGCACCAAAAUAGUCGAAGUACAAUUCUGUUGUAAAGUUGUACAGAAAGUUAUAGAGAUUCUAUUGUGACACUGGGGCAUGGAAGGAAAACAAUCCAAUGUUUGGCAUUCCAGUUAGGGACACUGCUAUGAGGUAGUUGAACAGGCACACUCUGUAGACAUUUGUAACCGAGUCUGAGGCACCGCUUUCAGUCAAAAGCUCACUUUGUCAAUCCUGUCUUUCUGGGGAUGGGGUUUGUUUUGGGGAGGAGGGUAAUGGGGGAGUUAGCAGCUUGAUUUCCAAACUCUUUACACUGGCAGAUAACUGGGAUUUGACUUCUAAAAGUGCUUUCAUGCUCAUACGACAUGCAUGACUAAGCCCCUUCCCACAGCAAUAACUUACCUAGUUACUACACCUUAGAUAUUCUUCAGUAGUGAGAAUUCUUGGUUCGCUGCCAUGGACUUGCAAUAGGAAAAGAUUCAAUUUUUUGAAUGGCCUUAUUAGUUUGGAUGAUACUUAUUAGUUUGGAUGAAGUGAUCUGCCACUUUAGCAUUACUUUACUCUUAGAUGAGUCAAAAUCUCCAUGGUAUUCCCAUUUUGAAUUUAUCCUGAAAACCUCUUAGGUAAUCCACUGAGCCAUCUUUUAAGUUCACUUUAUAGAAAUUUUUCUCCCAUUGGACUCUGUUCAUCCUUGACCCUCUCACCUGUUUAAACUCCAUUAAAGCAAUUUUGGACUCCCACAUACGCGUCAUCCUUUCUUUGGUUAUGGGUGAUGUCAGGAUGGUGGCUGAGGCCUGAGCCUCACCAAGGACAGGUUUCUUCCUUGGAUGUUUCAGAGCUGCCAGCGCUGUUGCAGCCUUCAGCUCUUGUCUGCCACUUUUUGGUAGUACCAGGAUCUGGCUCAAAUAUUCAGGAUUUCCCAUCUCGUACUGGAAUGCAGACCUACACAUCUGUAACACUUGUACCUUGUAAUAUUUGAGCUCCAAACGUCCUCACCUGGCCAUGUUUCAAACAUGUCCCAUUAAAUAAAACCUAAUAAGAGUUGCGUGAAUAAUGCAGUGGAAAAGAUUAGGAAUAGUCACCUAUCAGUCCCGCGGUAUCAUCCCCUGCCUUCACAUUCCACUUAGGUAUAGGAUCCAUCUGUUUGUCCAUCUGUCUGCUGAAGAGAAUUUCAUGCACUGAUUUUAAAACUCCCCUCUACUAGCUGAACAAAUUGUGCAGUUAAUACUUGGCGCUUGAUAAAUGCAGUAGUGAAUGUGGAACCGAGCCUGUCUGUAUAUCUGGUAGCUCUUUUCGCUUUGUUUUUACUGACCAGUAUUCUGCCUAAAGUUUGCUUCUGUGACGGUUAUAUUGCCUAGCACACACGUGGUUGUGAGAAUAGUAUAGCAAAAAAGAAAUACCUGGUUAUUGAUGUACUAGAUUCGUGUAUGUCUUUUAAACAGUUCUAGUUUCACCUUACACAAAAUAAUCAGGAAAGUGUAAAAGAAUUCAAAAGUGGAUAAUAAAAAAAAAUUUUAUCA